AUGUCUCCGAAAUAUGCAAUACAUGGACAAUUUUCUAAAAAAUCAGAUGUGUUUAAUUUUGGAGUUAUAAUUAUUGAGGUAGGUAGUGGAAAGAGAAAUGUUCGUCCUAUUGAGUCAGAUGAUUUUGAUGACCUCCUAAGUAUUGCAUGGAGAAAAUGGAGGAGUGAAACGCCAUUAGAACUGUUGGAUCCCGAUCUAAAAGACUUAUAUUCUCAUAGUGAAGUUAUUAGGUGCGUUCAAAUUGGUCUGCUAUGUGUUCAAGAAAGUCCAAUUGAUAGACCAACAAUGGCACAAGUUGUCUCAUAUCUCAGUAAUGUUUUAGUUGAAUUACCAUUUCCUCAAGAACCAGCACUUUCCAUGGAUAGGAGAAGGAGGUUAAACAUAAAAACAGAGUCUAGUUCGGGGCAGUUUAACAGUAAUUCUUUAGGAUCAUCAACCAAUGACAUGACCAAGAGUCAAUUUUUCCCUAGAUAA